UCUAACGUGCUGUCAACUCCUACGAACCCCCAAGCGUUACUACAAACCCUAAUAAUAUGUUAUAUAACAUUAAGUUGUACAAUCCAAUGCAUAUAGCCCCGCUUUAAUACAAGUCUUGCAUGAUCAAUCAACUGCAAAAAGACCAAAGAAGUUUAUCAAAGAAAAUGGCAACCACCACCACCACCACUAGUCGCAGAGUUCGGCCUCCGUCGCCGAAUAUUAACCGGAGCAGGAGUACAACCUCCUCGAUCUCUCUUCCGGUGUCUUUAAAUGCCUCAUUCUCGUCUUCUGGUUCAUCCUCUUCUUCCACUUCUCCCUCCAAUACAAGCAAACGUGUGAUGAUAAGCAGAUCACAAUCCAUAACGAGAUCUUCCAGACCCAACCCGGAAUCAAAAGAGAUGAUCCCGGCAAGGAACAGCGAGUCAAGAACUCACGAGGUGAACAACGGUAGAACCAGAGAGGCGUUUGCUCGCUACUUGGAGCAACGUGAGCGUGGUAGUCCUCGUAGUAACGCUUCAGGGAAAGGUGUAAAACCGGGAGCUAGCUCACCAUCGGCAUGGGCAUUGUCCCCAGGGAGAUCAGUUUCGACGAUGAAAACUUCUUUGUCCAGUUCAAUUCCGGCGACUUCAAUGUGCCACACGCCGCCUGAGUCACCGGUAAGCGCGGCCAAGAUGAGAACCAGUGGCCGUGGAGCCGUGGCAGGAGUUUUGAAAUACUUUAAGGCUCAGAAGAAAGUAUCUCCGGUUCAAGAGGAGGAGUAUCACCGGUUUAGGCUUCUCCACAAUAGAUUAAUUCAGUUAAGGUUUAUUAAUGCAAGAACAGAAGCUACUAUGGCUAACCUUAAGGUCAAUGUUGAGGAUCAAUUGUUUUGGGUUUGGCUUAGGAUAAACAAAAUUAGGAACUACGUAGUUGAAAAUUUAAUUGAAGUUCAAAAGCUACGUCAAGAAAUCAAACUACGUCAAGUUCUGAGCCUUCAAAUGCCUUUACUCAAUGAAUGGUCCAAGCUGGAUGCAAAAAACUUGGAAGCGUUGAGCAAGCUAACUCGAAAACUGCAUGCUUUGUCUGUUCGUUUACCCCUCCUACAUGGUGCAACGGUAGAUGUGGUGGCCAUACAUGAAGAAAUGGUCACAGCUAUAGAAGUCAUGGAUGAGAUAGAAGACAUUGUCAUCAAGUUUCUCCCACGACAGGUUGAAAUAAUCCUAUAUGAGAUGACAGAAUUGCUCAGCAUGUUCAAACAAGAAUUGUCAUAUUUUGAAGAGUUGGAGAAGAGCCUUUUCCUUAUUCCCGUCUUUGCGGCGAAGGAGAGUAGCUUAAAGGUCCAUAUUCUCCAGAAGAUUGAAGAAGAUAGAAAAUCUUUGCAACAUUGAUAAUAGCGUUUCUCUAGUGACUCAAAAAUUGAGAUGUGUAAUUAAAUGUUAAUUACAUUAUACAUUGUGCAAACUGGUGACUCUAGUCUGUAUAAUGAGGUAAUUUAAUAGAAAUACCACUUUUUAUAAAGAUCUAGACGAUAUUUGAUCUAAAGAUCUAGAAGAUGUUUGGUCGUUGGAGAAGAAGGGCAUGUGUAUGUAGGUUUCAGAGUGGCAAUUGUGUCUUUAUAACUCUGCCUCAGACAUGCAAACACAUAAGUGAGGGUUGUUCUAGAAAUAGCCGGUCUUGUUUGUUGAAGCAAUCAUUUUAUACUACAAAGAAAGAUGUAACAAAAGAUCAUCGUGCAAAACAAUUUUAGAAACAAAAAAAAUGGUAUGAACAAACGACCAGUUAACAUACAACAGACAACAUACUAUAUUAACUUUGACUAAUAAGAUUAUUACAUUAAUUAGUUACAAUGACACAAAUAUUCUCCUGCUACAGAAAACAAAUAUAUCAAAUCAAUUUGACUAGAGAGUAGAUCAUAUUCGAACAUCUGAUUAACACCUGACUAGGCUGUCUUUGUUUAUAUUGACCACCUCAUAGAUUUAUUGUGCUAGUAUUGAACAAAAAAGAAAUAUUUAUGAGAAGUAUUGAGAACCAAAGACUUGGUUAAAGGUUAAAACAGCAUGUCGUGUAUUAGAACCCAAUGUAAUGGGUUAGAAGAAUCACAAUGCAAUAUUUAAAAAUCCAAAGAAAUGUGGUUUCCUUGUUAUGUGACUUAGCCUUGUAACAUUGGUUGCCACUAAGAGAAGCCUUCAUCUAAUCUUUUUUUUUUUUUCCAAAUCCUUCUUAAUUCUAAUCCUCAUUAUGAGGUUAAAUUUUUAAACUUUUGGUGACAAAUCACAAGCAUCUUUUUUCUCCUUUAUAAUUGCUUCUAAGUAAAUUUCUAUGAGCUAUUGCUGUUUUAUAUCCUUUUUAUUAAGCUCUUUGAGCAUGAAUAAGCUUGCGUUUGAUUCUACUACACCGAGGACCACUAUGCCAUUAUAUGUCCAUUAUAAAACUAACCAAGACUAACCAAGACUUUUAUUUAUUGAAAACAAAUAGUAACGAAUGUCGAUAUAUAUAUAUUAUUAUUUUUGUUAGGAAAGGUCGGCAGCAAAAACUCUCUUUUGUAUAAAAAAUAUCUCCAACUCAAACCUAUUUUUUUCUCUACAAUUCUCAAUAAAAUAGAAUCUUUAUUAUUGGAUAAAUUUUGUUCCAAUAGUUUACUCUAUUAUACUGGUCUAGUGGAGAAGGUGUAUAUGUGCCGUUUCAGUAAUUAAGAUGUCUCAUAGGAAGGGGCUAAUUAAGAUGUCUCAUAGGAAGGGGCUUAUUGUAUUUGUUCCAACAGUUGUUUCAUUACACAUGUGAAGGUUACAAAUAUUUGUUGCAAUAAACAAACGACCAGUUAAUAUAAACUUGACAUUUAGAAAACGUUGGCAAAUGAUUACAUACUUAUAUAACAAUUUUUUAUUUAUUUAUUAUGGUACCACUGUGACCGCAGCACAUAAAGUGCCACACAACAUAGUUUCUUAUCUUUCUACAUAAAUUUAUGCAUAAAAGGGACGCAAAAAGACGUGAGGAAGGUAUAGGUUCAUGGGUGCAACUAACAAGAGCAAGCAAAUAAAAUAACAAUAAUUUAAUAUUUUAGAAUGGAGAUGAUGAACUAAUUUAUUAAUUAAUAUAGAAUAAAUAGGAAUUAAGAGAAAAACAUGAUUAAAAUAAUGCUAAAGAAAACUUCAUUCUUUUAAAUUUUAACCUACACUCCCCUCUGUCACUAUGAUAAUAAAAUUUCUGGCGAGAACAAAAGAGUAUAUACCAGGAGUGAUCCAUGGCAUUUGACUUAUUAUUUCCAACCAUUGUUUUUGACAUAAGAAAGAUUCGGUCAUUAUAAGAAGCCAUUGAUUGUAUCCGAGAUUGCCAGCACGAACUUGGUUCUUCUUCUUCUCCUUCUUUUCUUGUUCAGUGCCUCAUUAACAAGCAUAACUUUUCUCUUCUAUCCAUUUCUCUCUUGGGUUUUGGGUAAAGUCUCAAACCCUUUAUUCACCAGGUAGGUUCAGUAUUUGGGUUAAGAUUGACUUGCUUUAUGUUUCAUAGUCUCUGCAGUUGCAAUGUUCUAAGAGUUUGCAUUUUUCUUGGAAAGUUUGAGAUAUUUCGCUUCUAUGGUUGUUUGAUGUUGCUUUCUGAUCCGUUCCAAUUUAGACUCUGAGACAAUUUGACUAUUAAACCCAAGAUCUUGUCUAUUUGUUCGUGUUUUAUGAACAGUAUACCCUUUUUACGUCAUUGUGUGUCGCAAUGUCUGAAAUGCUUAGAGUGUGCAGGGUAAAAAGCAACAACAAGAUAAACAUUGAGUAGCUCAAUGGAAUAUCUCGCCCUUCCUCCUCCUUCUCCUUCUCCUUCUUCGUUUCGUACCGUCUUCGUGGCUCUUAGUGGGAGCAGGAAAAGCAAAUAUGUCGUUACAUGGGCGCUCGAAAAAUUUGGUCCAGAAGGAAAUGUUGGCUUCAAGCUACUUCACAUCCAUCCAAGGAUUACUUGUGUACCUACACCUAGUAAAGCUCCAACUUAGACUCCUACUUGUGUUUCUUUCUUGCAAACUUCUUGUGUAGACUUUAUUGUAACUGUUGUCAAUUUCUUAAGUGGGAAAUACAAUCCCUAUUUCCGAGGUACGAGAGGAUGUGGUAACUGCAUACAGACAGGAAAUACUGUGCCAGUCUGAACUGGUGCUUACACCUUUCAAGAAAAUGUUCGAGAAGAGAAAGGUAUUGUCUUUGGUAUAUGUUAGAAGUCCACAUUUGUAGUUAGAGGAUUAAUGAACGAAGACCAAUCUAUUUAUCGCCAAUUAUUUCUAAGUUGGAAGCUAAUGAUAAGCCUGAACUUAAAUUCUGAUACCAUUACAAGAUAUCUUAUGUUUUGCUUUGCCUACUAAAAUCAAAACCUAUUUUUUUAUGAAUUACCUUGAACUAAAGGUUGCAGUAGAAGUUCUUGUGAUCGAGUCAAAUAAUGUGGCAGCCGCUAUAGCUGAAGAAGUUAUUCGGAAUUCAACAGAAAGACUUGUCAUUGGAAGCUCAUCCCGAAGAUUUUUCUCAAGGUAAACACUACAGAUCAGUGACCUGCUAGCUUUGAACCUAUUGUUUUUUCUACUAAUGAAUCUGCUUUGAAAAUUCCAGGAGAGUUGAUCUGUGCUCAGCCAUAUCAGCAUUGAUGCCAAACUUUUGUACAGUCUUUGUUGUUUCAAAAGGAAAAUUGUCAAGCGUCCGGCCAGGAUACUUAGACGCAAAUGCAAGUAUAAGAGAUGAUACCUCUAGCAGUUCUUCCCGUCCCAUCUCAGGUCAUUGACUCAUCAUCAAUGUAUUUGUGUGAUAAUGCUCUACCAAAAAAUGGUGUGUAGGUCUAAUUGUUCUACCCUCAUUUCUCUUCUAGAAUCAACAGAUGGAACUUCAAGUGCAGGUGACUCUUCCUCUAGUUCUAUAUCCCUUCCGGUAAGGAGAUUGCAACAUUUAACGACUGCUGCAAGACAAGCUUCAGCUCAAAUGGAAACGAAUUCUGUUGGCUCGGAAGUAACCAUGUGCAUGUCUAUGGAUGUUUCACGUACCAAUAAAAGCAGCAUGGAUACUAAAUCACCUUCGACUCCAGGGUUGAGAGAUAAUGAGGAAAGAAAAAAGGCAAUGAGUUCUUCUUCUAGCAACCUUGAAUAUGGGAACGCCACUCACUCUCGUUCUUCUCAACAAGCUUCCAGCAUGUGUGAUAAUAUAAGUGAACCAUCUUAUACAAGUAACCAGGUAUAAAAUGGAGUUGUAAUUUUGAUUACGGCCUUGUGAAAUGGAAUAAUAAUAACAUGUUUUUUGUUCAGCUAAACCUAAGCUUUGAGGUUGAUAAGUUGAAAGCUGAGCUUAGACACAUUCAAGAAAUGUAUGCCGUUGCUCAAACCGAAAUCUUUGAUGCUUCUCGAAAGGUAAGGCUCACAUAGUCUCACAUAUCUUUUCAUUUGAUGAAACCUAUUAACUUGUGCUCAUUUUUAAAAUUUGUUUCAGCUUGGUGAGAUUAACCAACGC